AGUUAGCAACGCUUAGUACGAAAACAUAAACAGCUGCCUAUGAUACCGACAAAUUUCAUGUAUUCCGGAUAUUUUUGUAUUAAAAAUCAAGUAAAUUAAUUAAAAUCGAUAUGGGUCUAUUAUCGGACCCCUCGUUAACAGCACGUGGAAAAUUUGGACGCACACUUGCUAAGCAUAGUGGUAAAAUAUCCUUAUUCUUCUAUAUAGCCGGGUUGGCUUGGUUUGUUUGUCUGUCACACCCAGAAUUCAGCCAUGGUACUUAUCUGUCGGAGAAUGCACUCUCACCGGGUCUAGUCGAUCCGGAAAUUGGUCAAGAUUCCUUGCGUUUGGCACAAUCUCUUUACGAAGAACUACAACGUGAACGUACGGAGCACAAAUCAACAACACCGCAUGCCUGGAUAGCUGCAAAAAUGCAUCAAAUCGGCUUGGAAACGCAUGUGCACAACUUCACAUUGCGUUAUCCCUUCAGCGCAGGCAAGGAAUAUCAUGGUAAAAAUGUUUACGGUAUUUUACGUGCACCACGCGUUAGUUCAACUGAAGGUGUUGUAUACGCAGCGCCAUAUCGGGCUGUGAACUCCGUUCACGUAGACAUAACGGCUAGUGUGCCAAUAUUGUUAGCGUUUGCCGACUUUGCGCGCAAAAAGAAUUAUUGGGCGAAGGAUUUAGUUUUCCUAGUAACAGAGCAAGAGCAACUGGGCAUGCACGCCUGGUUAGAGGCUUAUCACGAAGGUGGCAUCAGGGAUUCACCAAUUUUGCGUUGUGGAAAUUUACCAGCACGUGCUGGCGCACUACAAGCAGCAUUAAAUUUAGAGGUGCAAGACUUAGACAUUGAUUACAUUGACGUCAAAAUCGAGGGACUCAAUGGUCAAUUGCCCAAUUUGGACAUGUUCAACUUGGUGCAACGUCUCACAUCACGCAGCAGUCUUUCAUCUGGGUAUAAACAUUCACCACGUAAGAAGCGGCGCUCUCAUCGUGGCUCUUUAGAGGACAAUUUACGGCAUAUGCUGGAAAUGUUAAAGAUCCAAGCAACUGGUGUACCCAAUGGCAAUCACGGGCUAUUCCAUCGCUAUCGAAUUGAGUCACUCACACUUGAAGCUGUAAAACGCACUACAAAUACUAAUAAUAACAACCGCUAUGGCAGUGGACUAUCACUGUUGAAAACCAUUGAAGGCAUUUCACGUAGUUUGAAUAAUCUAUUGGAACGUUUUCAUCAAAGCUACUUUUUCUAUAUAUUAGUACAGAAUGAUCGUUUCGUUUCGAUUGGCGAUUAUAUGCCCUGUCUUAUUGCCUUAGCCAGUCCAAUGUUUAUAAAAGCAUUUCUACUUUGGUUAACGACAACAGCAACCACCGACGAAACGGUGUCUGAGGAUGAUAGCGUACCAAGCCACGACGAAGAAAAGCCACCAAUACAAUUACCAUACAUUUCGGUAGUACUUUUUAUGGUAUCAGCAUUGCUGUUGGGAUUUCUCUGCAACACCCUGCCAUUUAGUCAACAUGUAAGAGAUUACUUCACCUCGAUGGGCGUUAGUACGGAAAUGAGUGUUGGUCUGAUUUUGGGUGUGCAAGUGUUAUUAGGCACAUUAUUGCCACUAUUCUAUACACUGCCAGAGCAUGGACUCGAACUGUUGCAUAUAGGUGUACUCAUAUUUAUGGGCGUGACACUAAUCGUAACUGGUCUCUUGAACUUUGCCUUAGGCUUUAUUUUGGCAGUGAUUAUCUCGCCACUAACCAUUUUGCUAAACAACGAACAUUCCAAAGGCUUUCGGCAGAAUCUAACGUGUUUCUAUACAUUCCUGCUCAACCCAAUAGUAAUUAUAUAUUUAUUAAUAUUAUGGCUAACUUUAUUUGAAUUUCCGGAACUAUCAUUCGCUGAGUUGGGAAUGCGCGCACUCAAAGCAUCAUUGGAUGCGAUAACCUUUGGCCUGAUGGACAGUAUUAUAUACGGCAAUUGGUUGUACACAGCUAUAGCAGCUAUUUAUUUUCCACUCUGGAUCCUAUUGUGGACCUUGUCGUUGGGCCGUCAAAACUUAAUUACACAGCUGGAAAAAAAGACUAAUUAAAUUUCGAUUUCAAAUAAAAUCUGAAAUGUAUUACAAUAUAUGUAUGUACAUAUGUAUCAGCGUGAUAAGAUUUCCUAAUAAAGUAGUAAUUACACAUUUCUCGUAAUAAAAAA